ACAUCAUCGUCGCAACAAUAUAAAGGAAUUUCUGUAAUAAAUUAUGUAAAAACUUCCGUCGAAUAUCGUUUUGUAAAAAGAUGUCACAACUAUCAUUGUUAUUAAUUUUUCUUUUAGUUUCUCAUACAUAUUCAAUGGCUCCCUUAAGUUUUGAAGCCAAUCCUGAUACUAAACGUUUGUACGAUGAUCUUUUAAGCAAUUAUAAUCGCCUCAUUCGACCAGUAGUCAAUAAUACGGAAACACUAACCGUAUGGCUGGGCCUUAAAUUGUCGCAAUUAAUUGAAGUCAAUCUAAGAAAUCAAGUGAUGACAACUAAUUUAUGGGUUAAACAGCGCUGGUUUGAUUACAAAUUACGUUGGGAUCCUGAAGAAUACGGUGGAGUUGAGCAACUGUACGUACCGUCUGAACAUAUUUGGGUGCCAGAUAUUGUAUUGUAUAACAAUUGGGACGGUAACUAUGAGGUAACCUUGAUGACAAAAGCAACUUUGAAAUACACGGGCGAAGUCUUUUGGGAGCCACCAGCUAUUUACAAAUCAUCGUGUGAAAUGAAUGUCGAAUAUUUUCCAUACGAUGAACAAAUUUGUUUCAUGAAAUUUGGUUCAUGGACAUACAAUGGGGCACAAGUGGAUUUGAAACAUUUAGAUCAGGUUCCUGGUAGCAAUCUAGUGCAUAUUGGAAUUGAUUUAAGUGAAUUUUACUUAUCUGUCGAAUGGGACAUUUUGGAAGUUCCUGCUACGAAGAAUGAAGAAUAUUAUCCCGAUACUUUAGAGCCAUUCUCUGAUAUUACAUUUAAAUUGACAAUGCGUCGCAAGACUUUAUUUUAUACAGUCAAUUUGAUUAUACCAUGUGUGGCAUUGACAUUCUUAACGGUGUUGGUAUUUUAUUUGCCAAGUGAUUCGGGUGAAAAGGUUACGUUAUGUAUUUCUAUUCUUGUGUCUUUGACUGUGUUCUUCCUCCUUUUGGCUGAAAUUAUACCGCCAACAUCAUUGGCAGUACCGUUACUAGGCAAAUAUCUACUAUUUACAAUGAUACUGGUAUCGUUGUCUGUAUGGACAACUGUGUGUGUAUUAAACAUACAUUUUCGAUCUCCCUCAACGCACAAGAUGUCACCGUGGGUACGUACGGUUUUCAUAAGUUUUAUGCCAAAAGUUAUGUUCAUGCAGCGAUCUCCUGUCGAUAUGCCUGAUUUUGCCAACUAUUAUCCGGAAUAUAAUGGUUACACAAAUGAAAUUGAUGUUCGGGACAGUAUUAGUGAUUACCCGUGUGAUUUUAAAGAUGGCCAGGAUGUUGUAUAUGACAAUGGCGUACAACCAUCCAUAGAUUCUGAUAAUGUUAUACCGCGCCGCUUGACACCGGAAGUGCUGCAGGCAUUACGUGCAGUCAGAUUUAUUGCACAACAUAUCAAGGAUGCUGACAAAGAUAACGAGAUCAUAGAAGAUUGGAAAUUUGUUUCAAUGGUUUUGGAUCGUUUCUUUUUAUGGACUUUUACGCUGUCGUGUAUCUUUGGCACAUUUGCCAUUAUCUGCCAGUCACCCUCUCUCUACGACACACGUCUACCAAUCGACCGUCAGCUGAGCGAAAUACCGCUAAGAAAAAAUAAUUUUAUGCUGCCGCCGGAUAUUGUGCGUCAAAUUGUUAAUUAAAUUUGCAACCACUAAACACCACUUUAAACAAACAAACAAACACUCACGCAUUUCAUUAUAAUGACGAUACCGAUGAGAUGAUGAUGAUGAUGACGAUGAUGUUGGUAAUGGUAAUAACAAUGGCAUUGACUAUGAUGGGCAAAAUGAUGCUGAUUGUAAAUGUGAUGACUCUAGUGUUGAAGAGCACUGAGGGAGUAGUUUGUUUAUAAUUGAAAUUUAAAGCCCCAAAUACACAUUCUGCGUACAACAACAGUAUUAACACUCAAAGCCAUAAAUUUAAUAAAUAAAUAAAAUUAGCAAUAAAAUCGAAUAAAAAAAGAAAACAAAAAUCUCCACAGAAGGUAUUUGAACAACCAACAAUUGUAUUAACAACGAUAGACUUUUUGCAAAAAAGGAAAUUGUUUUUAUUUUUAACUUAGAAUUAUUCAAUAACUACGUAUUUACUUAGUUAUAAUGCACAAAAUAAUAAACAAAAAAAAUUAUAAACAAUUUAAUAAUAAACAGUUGAACUUUGAAAAUUUAAGCUUCAAAAAUAUAUGUAAAACAAA